AUGUCCGCUCUCCGUGCGGUAUCACGCAGUCUCCCCCGUGCAUCCAAGCUAGCUUCCUCAAUUCAAUCACCGCUCCAGCGACGAUUUGCGGCAACAGCCACCCAAGAUGUAAAGGCACAGGUGCAGAAAGAGGCAGCUCUGCCUAACCCUGAUCCCACCUCCGACUCGGUCACUGCGUCAUUCAUUGAUGAGCGCGCGCCGUUCAUGGUCCCGACCUAUGUGCGCCCUGCGCCUAUGAUGAUGAAGGGCCAAGGUUGUUACUUGUGGGAUAUGGAGAAUCGCCGAUAUCUGGAUAUGACUGCUGGUAUUGCGGUAACCUCUCUCGGUCACUGCGAUCCCGAGAUUUCUCAAAUAAUUGCCGAACAGGCCGAGACUCUGAUCCACGCUUCGAACCUUUACCAUAACCCUUGGACUGGAGCUCUGAGUCGAUUGCUUAUUAACCGAACCCGCGAUUCUGGUGCGAUGCGCGAUGCGUCGCAGGUCUUUAUCUCCAACUCUGGUACCGAAGCCAACGAGGCUGCCAUUAAGUUUGCUCGCAAGGUCGGCCGAUCUAUUGACCCUUCAGGAGCUAAGCACGAAUUUGUCUCCUUCCACAAGUCCUUCCACGGCCGUACAAUGGGUGCGCUGUCCGCUACUCCGAACCCCAAGUACCAGACUCCAUUUUCGCCCAUGCUCCCUGGCUUCAAAUACGGUAACUUCAAUGAUAUUGAGCAGCUGCAGACUCUUGUCACAGAUAACACAUGCGGUGUUAUCGUUGAGCCUAUUCAGGGUGAGGGUGGUAUCAAUGUUGCUACUCCGGAGUUCCUUGUUGCGUUGCGCAAGCGCUGCGACGAGGUCGGCGCUGUUCUCAUCUUUGACGAGAUCCAGAGCGGUCUUUCCCGUGUUGGUAGUCUCUGGGCCCAUGCCCACCCUUCCCUGGCUCCUGCUUCUGGAGAAGCUGCCCACCCAGAUAUCCUGACUACUGCCAAGGCCUUGGGUAACGGUAUUCCCAUCGGAGCGACCAUUGUCUCUGGCAAGACUGUCGCCGAGCACAUUAAGACAGGAGAUCACGGUACCACCUUUGGUGGAAACCCGCUCGCCUGCCGCGUCGCAUAUCACAUUGUCGAGCGUCUCAACGACCCUGAGCUUCAGCGCGCUGUCCAGGAGAAAUCUACCCUAUUCAUAUCUGGAUUCCAGGCCCUGAAGGAGAAGUACCCCGAGGUCUUCACUGAGGUCCGCGGUCUUGGUUUGAUCCUGGGUCUUCAGCUGUCUCCGGCUUUCACAGCCAAGAUUUCUGAUGUUAUCACAGCUGCUCGUGAACGCGGCAUGUUGAUUAUCAGUGCCGGUGAUGGAUGUCUACGCUUCGUCCCUGCUCUUACUAUCACUGCGGAGCAGAUCCAGACUAGCUUGAAUAUUUUGGAACAGGCCGUUGAGUCGGUUGUUGCCAAGUCUUAG